AUGAGGCUGACCACAUUGUUUCCUUUGAUUUGCAUCGCCAUUGGCUACGUUCGCGCCCAACCGGCGGGCUAUCCAAAUGCCCGUCCUCCUCCGGCCACUUAUCUGCCAGCCAAGCCACCAGCUCCACCGCCUCGUCCUCCGCCGCCGCCGGCCAACAGCUACGGUCCUCCCAAGAAGGGAAAUGGAAAGCCACCACCUGCUCCACCAAAGCCCAGCUAUGGGCCACCACCCAAAAGCGGCAAUGGAAAAUCCCCGCCCAGUAAUGCCUACUUGCCACCAGACAAUGGCAAUGGAGGAGCAGGAGGCGGUGGCGGUGGUGAGGAUAUACCCAUCAUCAAGUUGGAGUCCAAGGUCAACACUGAUGGUUCGUAUAAGUACGAGUACGAGACCGGAAACGGAAUAAAGGCCGAAGAGAUGGGCUACCUGAAGAACGCCGGAGUGAAAGGAGCGGAGGCACAGACGGCGGAGGGUUCCUUUUCCUACACCAGUCCCGAUGGCCAGGAAAUCUCACUGACCUACAUUGCGGACGAAUACGGAUUCCAGCCGCAGGGCGAUCACCUGCCCACUCCGCCGCCCAUUCCCAUCGAGAUUCAGGAAGCGUUGGACAUGCUGGCCGCCGGAGGUGGAUGCCAUGGAUGCGAUGACAACGAAACGGGAGGCAAUGAUGAUGGCGGUGGAGGUGGCUAUGUCUACCGACGAAAGUGA